AUGUCUGCUGAAGGAAAAUCUGUCUUUUUAACCGGAGCCAGUGGUUUCGUGGCCUCUCAUAUUCUGUCCCUUCUGAUUAAGGACGGAUACAGACCUACUGCUAGUGUUAGAUCUCCUCCAAAAGCCGAUCAGAUUCUCGAAGUACAUCCAGAAUGGAAUGGAAAGGUAGAUCUUGUUUUUGUCCCUGAAAUCACAACACCCGGAGCCUUCGACCAUGUUUUCAAGAACCAAAUUAAUAGGGGCGGCUUUGAUUACGUUAUUCAUACCGCGUCUCCAGUCACAUUUUCUGUCGACGACGUGAAAAAAGACUUGAUUGAUCCUGCUAUUCAUGGAACCAUCGAAAUGCUAAAAGCUACCCAUGAGUUAGGUGGCAAGCAGGUCAAGCGCUCCAUUUUACUGGGAAGUGCUGUCUCGGUACUUGAUUCGUUUGAAGAUUUGAGUGCUCCCGAAGGAAAGCCUUAUACAGAAGAUGACUGGAAUUCUGCAACUGAGGAUGAUGCGGUAUCAUCUCAGAGCUCUCUCGGAUAUAAUGUUGGCAAGAAAGCUGCCGAAUUGGCUGCAUGGUCCUUCGUUAACGAAAAUAAGCCUGCUUUCGAGCUUGUGGUAAUCAAUCCCGAUGUCAUUAUAGGCCCCAUGCUCCAGCCCGUCCCUGGUCCCAAGAACGUCAACGAAACCAAUGAGUCUGCUUGUUAUGCUUUCAUCAAUGGCACUCACAAGAGUGUCAAUGAUGCCAUGUUCGCGUUUUGGGAUUUCGUCGAUGUUCGCGACGUAGCUCUAUUGCACAUUAUCGCACUCACCUCUCCACUUAUGGCUCAUAAACGCAACAUUAUCUCCUCGGGUCCUCUCUCUCCUCAAUUGGUCGUGAAUGCAAUUCGGAAGAACUUCCCUGAGUUGGAAGGAAGAUUGCCCGAAGGGGGUGACGAAAAACAAGUUUUCCCAAAAGGUUUACAUCCGACCCCAUUGGAUCACCACAGAAGCCUAGAGAUCUUCCGACAGGCUAAGGGCCCGGCGUGGAAAUAUAAGACUUUGGACGAAUCCAUAGUGGAAACAGUAAAGUCCUUGCUUGAGCUGGAGCAAAAGUGGAGUUCUUAA